AUGGGCAAGACCUUUAAAAACAUACAUGCCAGCUCAUUCGGCAAAUUCGAUGGACUUUCGGACAAAAUACCCCAGUGGAUACGGGCCAACGGAGGCCAAUAUUCCAAGGACAUCAGCAAAAACCUCACUCAUAUGAUCACCACCAAAGAAGCGUUCAAGGAUAAUGUUGAAGCAGGUAAUCUGAAGAAUCAGGAUCCUUUUGGUAGGAAGAGAAAGGGCGUAAAGGCCGGGACUGCGGUUUCGAGGUAUCACAUCUAUACGGAUGAAGAAGCGAGGGUGACGUACAAUGCUACGCUUGUCCGGUUGAUGCAGGGCAAAAGCUGCAAGGAGAGAUAUGUGGUCAGGGUAUACGAGUCUAAUAGAGAACCUCAUGUCUACGCUACACAUCUCGAGUACAGCCGUAUUGGCAAGCAGCAGAGCCAACUCCUGACACCGCUGAAAGCAGAUCGUGACUUCGCGGUGACGGCGUUCAAGGAGACUUUCAAGGACAAAACAGGUAAGGAGUGGGAAGGGCGACUGGAUGAUAUCUUACCAGAAGGUAAGAGAGAUACUGAUGGCAAGAUACUGCCUCCUCACCAGAAUUGGUUCUACUACGAGGAUCAGGCUGGGCUGUUGUCAAAUUUCCUUCGGGGAGUUGAUGCACCCGACGGCGAUGGCAUGGUGACUGUUAAGCAAGAUUAUCUAGAUGCAUCAUUGCAGGGCAUUGAGCACGAGUCGGCACAGGAUGGGAAUGGUGAGAGGCCGGGCAGUGACGAGCCGAUAAUCUAUACGAUUUGA